UCUACAAUAAACUAACAUAGUAUUUAUUUCAUUUUUAGUAGUUUAACAUAGGCAACUUUCAAUACACAUCCGCACUGUUUUUAGCCUGACUCACAAAAUGGACGCACACUCGUUCGACGUCAAUUAAUUCCUCCUAGAUUCGCGACAUUCUAAUUAACGGAACAAGCGUCUAGCAGCCUGUAACAUUUAUUUGAUUGUGUAGAGUGAACACGCCCAGACAUGUCCAAGAGUAAAUCGCGUCUAAACACGGAUGUUUGCGCCGAUUGCGGUGCAACAGAUCCAACAUGGGCGAGUAUAAACCGUGGUAUUCUACUGUGUGUGCAGUGCUGCAACACCCACAGAAGUCUUGGUCGACACAUUUCUAUAGUUAAGUCACUUAAGAGCAUGUGGCCAGCAUCAUUAUUAGCUAUGGUGCAUGCAUUAAACACUGGAGGUGCGAAUAGUAUUUGGGAGUACGCAUUGGAUAAAGACUCAAAAUUGAGCAAGCGAAAGGCACAACCAAAUGAUUCAUUAGAAGAUAAAGCGAAAUUUAUUCGCGCAAAACAUCAACACAACGAAUUUCUCCAACGUCCAUUGCGAGAUGACACAUUAUGCAUGGAAAAUGAACUUGGGAAACAACUGCAUGCAAGUGUACGCAGUAGUAAUGUUAUUAUGUCAUUGAAGUUGUUAGUACAAGGAGCAGAUCCUAAUUAUUUUCAUGAUGAAAAAGGUUCUACUCCUUUGCAUGCCGCGGUGAAAGCGAAUCAGAUCAGUCAAUGUGAAUUGUUGAUUACUUAUGGUGCUGAUCCAACUUAUCCGGAUGCCAGUGGGAAUACACCUAUACAUUAUGCUAGGCAAGGAAUUAAUACAAAUGUGUUGAAUCGUUUGGUGGAGGCGCAAUACGAGGUCACCGAUAAGUUUUAUCAGUUUUUAUGCAUGCGGAAGCCCGAGCAUCAAAAUGGCGUGCACUUUUUGGUUCCAAAAGUGUUGACGCAAUCAUCACCGUCAGCAUCAGAGAAAUUGAGAAAGCUUCCGAAUAAUAUAUUUGAAGAACUUGUCAAAGAUGUUUCUGAUGAAGUGGAUCGACGUGAAACUGAAGCUUCAUGGUUGGGUAGCUCAGACACAAUCGACCUCCCUGUCGUGCCAUUUCUGCCUGUAAACCACGCAUUUUCAACCACACGCAAUCAAUCACGCCAAAAACUCGCGCGUUUCGCCACACCUGAAUUGAAAGCACUCGUCCGCGACAUUUUAGACGAUGUUCAACGCAGAGCUAAAGCCCGAACAUCUUCUGAACUGACAGAUGAAGAUCCUCUCUAUGAUUCUGUAGCUUCUGAUGAUGAUUACGCACAGGUUGCCUCUGAUGAUGAGAAAUCAUCAACGGCAACCAAACAAAAACAAUCUCCUACACGAGAUGUGAAUCAGAAUGUAAAAUCACAAACAAAAACAAACGCACAGGCGAGUAAUCAUGUAGACAGUGAAAAAUAUGCGGAUUUAAUGAAGAAAUUACGUGAAUCUGAUAACACUAUCACAGAUUUGAAGGGAGAAGUUGGUAAUCUAAAGGCGUUGGUGGAACAUUUAAGUAUUAUCAAUCAUGAUCUGAGGUCCCGAUUGUCACAUGUGGAGAUUUCAUCGAAUGGUAACAGAAUGUCACCAUCACCAGUCAGGGACAGUGGGUCACAAUCAUUAGAUCCCGGUUUAUUACACAAUCGACAUGAAGAUUCUCAUUCAUUAUCAUCUCUUACAAAUGAUCGUGUGUUGGUUGGUGAUAACAACAAUGAAAUUGAUAAAAAUACAACAUCGAAACGUAUCCAGAGGCCCAAUUCAAUGUAUGAAACCCGUGAGGGUCUCAGGACAUUAAAUUGGCAAACAAUGAAAAACCAGAUUAAACAGCAGCCAUUACAGAGCCAAAAGAAUCAAAACGUAAUGCAAUGUAUUGAACCAGUAACUCGUGGUAUUUCUGAUUUGUGGAAGUGUAUUCAAGGCACAGGACGUGACAAUUGCAUUCAUCAUGCUGACCGCAUUUGUUUCGCGGUUACAAAUCUAACAAAAGCAAUUCCUGCGGAAGCUGGUAGUGAUGUAGUAAAACAACUUUUAGACAGCGUGGCGCAGUUGCAAGCGAAUUGUAUCGGAUUACAAAACGCAAAACCCUCUGACACGAUACAAUCUGAAAAGAUGAUGACACAGGUACGUACAUGCGCGUAUGAAAUAGCAAAAGCCACAAAAGAACUCCUUACGAAGUACAACACUCAUUAAAUUUAAUUUUUUUGAGUUUUUGCUUUAAAGUUUUAAUAUAUAUAGAAAAUAAUGAAUAUCGAAGCUUUAAUCAAUAAGACUGCAGUAUAAGUGCAACGUACAAGCUUCUAUCAUGGACUGAAAUAUCAUGUAUUUUAUAUUAGUAGAGUUUAUUUGAGAUAAUAAUUACACUUGUACACGUUUUAA